AUGUUUUCGACGUUUGUUCAAAACAUCGCCCACCCACGCCCUUCUUCAGACUCUAAUCCAGCCCGACCAACAAGUCCGGCUAAGCACCUUCAACAACACCGACCAGCCAGCCCGUCUCCCCAUAAACGAACAACGCUUGAAGACCGACUACGCGCUUCAUUCACCAUUGGCGAUGCGUCCAGCUCAGAACCGACACCCGUAGCAUCCACAAGAGCCUCCCCCUCGCCACCAAAAGAUGCUAUAACUGAAGAGCAACCCACCACGCCACAACCCACAACUGUUCUCCCACUCUCACCUUCAUCUACGCCACUCCCAGACUCGCCGGUUGCUUCUCCAAUCCAACUUGAACCACCACCGAAUGCACUACCCUUAGAAAUACCCAACGAUGACCCAGACCCUGUCGCGGACGCGUUGCCCGAUAUCCCACAGUUAACCAAUGUCGACGCGUUACAAGAGCGAUUGAAGCUUGUGGAACAGCGCUUCUCUGAUGUCUCUACCUCGUUCAAGAGGUUGCGAGCAGAGAAGGCUGCGGCCGACGCAAUCCUUCGGGAACUUACUCCUCUAGAAAGUGUCAGUGACUCGCAUGCUCUCCGAGACUACGUGCAAAAUAUUAUCAUGAAGGCAGAGAUGUCGACGGGAGAGAUCACGCGUUUGAACGGACGACUUGAGACACAGGAAAGUCGUAUUGAAGAGUUGCGCGAUACCCAUCGUUUGGAGUCCUCCUCGCAAUCGGCUCAGAUAGAACACUUGAAGAAACAACUCUCAGAAGCUGAAACGCUCAUCUCUGCAUCUCAAGGCUCUGUUGCCCAAAGCACGGAGAGUGCAGCCGCCCAAACAGCGGAAAUAGAACGGCUUCAGACCGACAUUGAGCAGUCAAAGCGAGUCGCGAAAGAGGAGGAGGAGAAACGUGUCAAGGCAAUCAGUCUGCUCAAGACUGUUCGGCAAAAACUCGUCAAAGCUGAGAAGGACAAAGACGAUGCUCAACGCGAAGCUACAGCUUUGAAGGAAAAAGAAAAGGCUGAAGGGACUGCAUCACAGGCAGAAAAGGCGAAGAUGCAAGCCGAGAUUGAGGCCGUGAAUGCAGAGCGGGAGAAGGCCGUCACUGGUCUAAAGACGCAGUUUGAUAAAGAGAUCUCCGGAAUAAGGGAGAGACACGAGAAAGAAAUUGCUACUCUUCGUGGGCAGUUCGAGCUCGAGGCUCUGACAACAAAGAGUGCACACACAAAAGAAGUAGCAACAUUAACAUCUCGAGUUUCGUCGCUGGACACGAGCAUCAUUACUCUCACCAACGAUAAAAACGCUCUAUUCGACCAACUUCAACUUCGACAAGCUGAGGUCGAGUCUGCCCAGUCACAUAUCGAACUUCUACAGAGUCAAAUUACUGAACUCGAAUAUCAGUUGCGAGAAUCUCAAGAGCGAUUCGCCCUCUUGGACCAAGAUAUUUCCGAACGUCGCCAAGAACAGGAUAUUCGUGCAAGGGAACCCAGCAGUUCUGCAGAGGACAUUGCUCAAUUGGUUGCUGCCACUCAGGCUAAAUAUGAGGUCAAGCUCGCGGAUGCAAGAAAGAACCUUAGUGUUGCUGAGAAGGAACGCAAUGAAAGCGAGGCACAAUGGAGCCGCAAGUUGCGGGAGAAGGUUCGGGAGAACGAGGAGCUCAAGCAGGCACUGGGAUCGACAGCCCAAAGCUUACGCAUCGACGAAGGGCAGGUUGAGGCGCUUCAAAACGAGAUUUUGCGUUUAAAAGAGGAACUACACGUCAGCCAAGCUGAAUUGUUGCAGCUGAAAGAAGAUUCUGCAUCACUGGCGGAUGUCGAGAUGUCCAACAAGGCACAAGAAACAGAGACGAACGCCAAGAUCAGUGCAUUGGAGCAACUACUGGAAGAAGCAAAAUCCCGAGAAGCUCAACUACGAGCCAACAGUAAGACUCUCCGAGAAGAAUUACGCAAAGUACAGUCAUCUGCUGCCCUUUUGGAGCGACAGCGCAAUCCCGGUGUUGGGUACUGGACGCAACGGCCAACAGAUCAGCCCGAAACGCGGACAUCGACAUCUUCCAACUCUUCCGACUCCCGAGUCGCAUCUCCUUCGCCAGUGAAACAAGAAGAGGAAGUUAACCUUGAAUAUCUGCGGAAUGUCAUCCUGCAAUUCCUAGAACACAAGGAAAUGAGGCCUAACUUGGUCAAAGUUUUGUCAAUUAUCCUCCAUUUUACACCGCAGGAAACGCGCAGCUUCCAAGGUGGCAUUAGUCCAUCCAAAUGGCUUUCAUUCUGCAAGUUAUUCUUGAGCAAGCAGAACGACGAAAGUCCCCAAGCCUCACAGCGCGCUCUGAGUAACUCUGUCCUUGUCCUCUAUCGUUCGUUUCCUGGCGAUGCGGUCCUACAGGAAUACCUGAAAAUCGCCCUUCAGAGCGAAUUACUACCCAUUUCAAUCUACGUGUCGACUCUUCUCUCAGCUGCUCGCUCCACCGAGCUACACUCGCCGGCGACGCUAGACAUGCUGUGUCGAGUCGCUCUGGAUAGUCAUUAUUCUUCUGGAAAGUCAUCGACAGACCUGGCGGAUUACGACAGCCCAAUUACCGUGCUUAACACGCUUCAAGACGCGCUUGCGCUGUUGACAGUAGUCCAGCGACUCCGUAUAUCCCAUUUCCAUCAAUUAACAACAUCUGCGUCUGAACUGGUUGCCCUCCUGUUUUCAGUUGUUGAAAUCUCCCAGGGCCCUCCGGCACAAUGCAUCGCCUUGCUAAGUGAGGCCAAUGCUAUGCUCUCGCAAAACUCCAUCUCGCAGAACGUGAGACAAUCCUUGGAGGCAUUCACCCUCUCUCUCGGUCUGUUUGUGGGUGAUUCUGAUGUCAAGGCGUCCAAGAGCUCUGAGUCGCACGCCGCUCACCUCGUUCUUGGUAAGAACGAUACGAUAUCAUCCAACAAUGACACUGUCAGCUUCAGUCUCACCCUGAAUUACCUUAUGAUGCACCGGGCAGAUGAGCUCGGUAUUGGCAGUGGAUUAGAUCCUGCCAAGUUAUUUGUGAGCAUGUUUAGGUGGAGCUCAUGGGCACCUCCGGUAUUCUACACUCAACUCAUUCUCUCCGCCUUCAUAUGCCUCACGGAAACCACAACUGUGUCGCCUUUACUAUGGAGAUCUUUCAUCGUAAGCCGGCUGCCGUCAAUCCUCAGCAUUUUCGAAAAGCUGGUACAUGUUGAUGGGGCACCCGAGAAUUGGAGGGGUGCCCUCCAAGUUGCUGUCACAGCACUCAUGAGACGAACAGAACUUCUGGAGCGCUGCGACCGUCUAGUCAAUCAGUUUUCUGCUACACAUCUAGCUCAAGAAGGUUUAACCCAGACUCGGUCUAUAUUCCGUGACCUGUUACGCCAACUUCAGUCCUCCAGCCUUCUAGAUCUACAGUUCAUUCUGGCUAUCGACCCGACUCAUAUGCAAACAGAACCGCAAUCAGAGACAAAUGAACCCGAUGCACGCCGCCUCCAAAUUGACUUUGAAGAUGUCACAGUGUUCAUUGAUCGAAUCUGGCAAGAGCCCCAAAUGCAUAAAGCUUUCGCCGACUAUGCAUUCAGCCGCUUCGCAAGUGCUGCAGCUUCAUUGGAUACUGAGGCCUCGAGUUUCUGGUCACGAACACUCGAAAUCGAUUCUGCACUUGAUAUGGUUGCAAUGCAUCAGAAUCUUUCUGAACUCAUCUUCCACGCCCUCCAUUGUCUGCAGGAGUUUGACUGCGAUCCGCAAACCGCAGUCAGCUAUCUUGGCGAUGUCGUUCUCUUCUUACAACUACUAUUAGUUCGUUUUCAUCUCUCCAGUGAUGUCUUCUGGUGUACUGGGCGACAAAUUUCGUCGCGUUUCAUCAGGGCUACUGCUGUCGUCUACAAUGUCAACGAGCUAGAGGGCCCAGACUUGGCGGCAUUUAACAUAUGGUACAAAGCGCUGUUUGAUCGUAACAGCGAGGGCAUCGAAGACACAAUACUUCGUUCUGUGAAGCCUAAAACACUCCUGAAAAUCUCAGCGACUUUGUUCUCCUUCGCACUCAAAGACCCCAACAUUGACAGCGAGGUCCUCAACAAUGGAAUAUCGUAUUUUACUGGUGGUCCUCUCCUGAAAUGGACCCUGGUUGGAGUCGUGGCCAAUCUAAUGCAAGAAAUUCGGGUUGGAGGGUUUUCUGCGUCAACGACAAAACAUUUCCACGUUCUACGCACACUCUUGCUUUCUCAGGAUUGCCCACGAGCCGUCAAGUGUCUAUGCGGGCAAGGUCUAACCAGCCUGCUGAACGACAAGCGUAGUCAAAAUGGGAUGCCCCCUGCAGACGCGACAGCGAUGCUCAAUACCAUCUCACAAGCGUGGAAUCAUAAUACAAGUGUUUCGCCUCAACAAGUUUCCACGCCUGCUCAAAUUCUUGGCUACCCUCGGCGAGCAAUCAGAGAGGCGAUUGGGAAAGCGCGGGCCUCCAAAGCUCCCACCCUCGAUAUUGACCGGUGCAUUAACAUCUGUGGACCCGAAAAGUUUUUGCGAACGUUGUGGUCAGAGCUGCUCGCGCCAGGAGACAUGGAUGUUUGCGUCCGUCUCGCAACUUUUGCUAUAACAAUUCCCCGACUGCCUGGUUUCCCGCCGUUGAUGCCGACAUUCUUCCACACGGUGUUGCCCAACCUCAUAUCCAACAUCGACACACGGCAAGUUGGAGACCAGCAGGUUCCGGGUGACCUUCUCGGGGCUAUCAUUUCCUCAAUACUUACUGCCUCUCUCCACCUCGACGUUGCCUUCAACGAGUUACCACGACCUAUACUUGGUCAACCAAGUGCUGUUGUUGCUCGAAGACUGGCAGCGGAUUUGCGGUUCAAAGCCCAACGACAGAGCAAUGUCAGCCGGAUAAUCCUCCAACGUCUUGGUUCGUCACAAUCAAUAGUGAACAAUUUUCCGAUAUUCAAGCCUACUGCAUAA